AUGCCGGCUGCGACCGAGAUCACCGCCGGCCUCGUUAUGGCUGCCAACUCGGCGGUGCCGGCGGUGGCUAUCCUGCUGCGGCGACAGCUGCGCGAGGCGAUCAUGUACCGACUGCUGGCCAGCGUGGCCGCGGCUCAGGUGCUGAUGGGCGUCAUCACGGCCCUGGUGGGCACGCUGAGGCUGCUGCCGACGCCGCCGGGCUGGGCGUGCGCGUCACUGCUAUUGCUGAGAUCGGCCCUUGGCACGUCCACUGUCGUCUCGCUGCUGGCGCUGAGUGUGGAGAGGUACGUCACGGUCGUGCACGGCCUGCGCUACUUCGACAUCGUCACCGACCGGCAUCGGCUGCUGCUGCUCGCCGCCUCCUGGCUCGUCGCGGCGAUCUUCUGGGUGUUCGGGAUGGCGCUCCGCGUAGCGUUCGGGGCGGACGACAGCAGCGUGUUGGUGCGGCCCCCCCGCGCCGUCGGCGCCGUCGCCGCCGCCGCCGCGCCCCCGCACCUGGAAAUAGACGCCGCCGACGCCGCCCUGGACGUCUGCUGUCGGCGCGAGCAACACUUCAUCAAAGUCGGCGUCGACGCGUCGGGCGAAGACCUGGUGGUCGAUGUCGGCAAGUGCCGGCGGCACUGCCACCACAUCGGGGGCCUUUCCAGGAAAGAGUUCCUCCAGCUUUUGGAGGAGCACAGCGACACUGAUCCCAUCCAGCUGUACCGGCGGCUUCAGCAGCGUCAGUCCUCGUGCCGGCUGGCCAGCCACUGCCAGCCAUUGGAGACGGCCAUGCAGCGGCACUAUACACUGGAAGGCGCCGUGACCAGCGAGGUGACGCGCCGGUGCGGCUGCGUGCGCCGGCCGGCCGGCUGCCGCCGCCGCCGCCGCCUGGUCACCUUCCACCCGGGCACGCCUCACGAGCGCACGCUGGACGUGGGCGGGUGCGCCGGCCACUGCCCCGGCGUCGAUGACAGCUGUCAACCUUUGCGGAACAAAACAGUGUCAAUCGAUGGGCCAAAUGGCGCGGAAGUUGUAUCCGCCAUUGAGGAGUGCAUCUGUACUCACGGAUGUUACCGGAUGUCGUUGAUGGAGCAAGUGUACGACUAUACUGAUUCCACAGCUGCUCCCAGAAUCAAGGAGGUCGACGUCGGCCAGUGCGUGGGAGCCUGCACGCCGGACCAAAUGGGUCGCGACUGCGUCUGGAGCGACCCCUCAGACCCAUCCAGCUGCCUGAUGUCGCUGCAGUUCCAAAGCCUCGGCUGCGUGGCGUCAGACAGCAAGCAGCACUUCUACCGCACGCAGGACGGCCACGAGCGGGCCCUGCUCAGCAUCGGCCGCUGCUCGUGCCACUGAACAGCACCAGGACCCAUCCAGGGGCUCGCUCGUGCCACUGAACAACACCCGGACCCAUCCAGGGGCUCGCUCGUGCCACUGAACAGCACCCGGACCCAUCCAGGGGCUCGCUCGUGCCACUGGACAGCACCCGGACUCAUCCAGGGGACUCGCUCCGGCCGACAGCAGCGUCCAGCCGCGUACCCGGCCGCUUAGGAGGCAGCGCUGGGCAACCAGGCACGCGUGCGGUGGCGGCCGGGCGACAGCCGAUGCUUUGGCACGGCUCGUUUGGCUUAUUUGCUUGCAUCUCGAGCCCGCAUGGCUUGUGGCGAUCGUGCGUUUAGUUCAUGCAGGCUGAGCGCAUAUAGAGGAUGUCAUCGGCUAGGUAUGGCUUGUUUUCGUAUGCGUGAGAUUCAAGAACAUUGCAGGUGUUUGUUACAGCUAUUCUGUCCUGCCCAGCUUGCGUGCAUGUGUGUGGCUAGUUGGAUGAUGAGGGAGUACCUGCUGGGAGUGGUCGCCUGACAACCCCAGUGUGAGCGGAUGCACGUCGUACUAUAGCUCGUUGUGUGAACUGACUCCUGACGGGCGCAAGAGAAUUGUUAGGAUUCCCGUUUGUGAUACGCUACUUUUCCGAAGCACUUAGCCAAACUUGGUGUCUAAGUCGCCUCCAUCGCGUUAAAUGUAAGAUGAUUAUUGGUAGUAUUUCCUACUAAGCAGGUAGUACGUUAGUUAAGUGAGUGUAGUUCUCUUUUUGCUGUCUGGCAUGCCUAGACAAACACGUGUGCCUGUGUCGCUAGGCCUUUACCGGAGCGCACCAGAUAGUAAAUUCAGCUGAAAUGAUUUCUCUGUUUACUUGUAAAAAAUCGAGCAGCGUGCCGCACAUAUUCAUGUAUCGGGAACUGUGCCACUGCACCAGCUGGUUCAUCAGAUCAAAAUAGCGGCUUUCAGCUGGUAAAGUACUUAAAUGUGAAUAAAGGCGCCCAACCGUACUUGUGGCUCUCAUAAUUACGGAUGGUCGGUGUUGUCAGCUGUUCGUCAAGCUCUUAUGCAUCUCGACGUCUAAAUAUCAUCGGUGGCGACAAGAACUUGAAGCUAGUGGCCCUGAAUUUAAACUAUAUGGUGCGGUGGGUAUGGCGACAGACUUGUGAAACAUGAAUGUGAUACAUAUGUACACUGGUGCAUUUGCCCAAAUGGAUCUUUAAAAAAUGGGCAAUAGUUUGUGCUUGCUUGGAACCGACGGCAGCGAAAGGUCCUGUUCAAUGUUGUUCCGUUUUCUAUAUCGACGUUUUAUUUGUCUUUUAUAAACAUUUAAAGCAUGG